AUGUCCACACGUGAUAGCAUUGGGAGCAGUGAGUCUAGCGAUAGUGAUGUGUUGGGAGUAGGGAAUAGAUUUCUCGAGGACCAGGUCACUGCGGUCAAUCAGGACGUGGCGGCUACCGAUAGUCAUGUGAGAAGCAUAGCCGACGCCGAGAACGUGAACUUCAUCGACGACGGACGGAAUAGUGGAAGGACGGGAAUGGAGAUGGAUAGCAGUGAUAAUAGAGAUCGCCUCGGCCUCAGUUUCUCAGGACUGACGGAUAGAAACUUGGAGAUCGUGGCGGCGAUGGAUAGUGUGGGGAGGUCGGGAGGACUGGGCUAUGCCGGAAUAGCGGACACGUCGGGCACUCAGGGGAGGGACGCAGACGAAGGAUUGCAGGAGUUGCUCGCAAUCCCGUCGAUAGCAGAUAGAGGGGAUGCCGUAAUGCAGCUCAGCAUGCUUGCAAGCCGUCCUGUAGUGUUUGAUCCAGUUAUGGGAGCUACAGAUUUAAAUGAGUAUAGGGCCGGAAGAGGUGAGAUAGAAGCGGGAAACGCUAGGACUCCGACGCUUGCUAUCGAGGAUCUGGCUGGAAUAGAUGAAAGGAUGGAAGAGGGACCGUUCGUCAUCCCCUCCGAGCCUGUGUCCCACGGGACGAAUUACGAGUCAACGGGAGGUGCCAAGGGAAUCACUGGUUCCGGGUUAGAAAUGGCGAUCGAGGACAGAGUGGAUAGUCUUGCAGUGUCAUCAUCGUCAGAUCAUGAUAGGACGAUCAGGAGGAAUGAUGAUGGAAUAGAUGCGAUGAUGCUCAGUGGCGAGCUCGGUGCGGAGGGCGAUCGAACGAGAAGUGCGGAUAGCGGACAUUGGAUGAGCAGAGGGAAUGGAGAUGAUCUCGUUCCAGGAGUGUAUUCGAAUAGUGCGACCAUGAUUGGGAAUGUCGGUGCCGAUCCUACGGACCUGGAGUUGAUAGCUAAGGGAUCGUCAGCGGUAGCGCAGAACGUGGUCAGUGGGAGCGAUGAUAGAGCACUGUCUGUAUUUUCAUCUACAGGUCUCUCGGAGGCAUCGCCAGGCGGGAACGUCGAAGCGUUGAAGGAUGUGAGGAUGGGUCAGACUACGACGAUCGGAAUAGAGUGGGGAUCCCAUGGAAUCCGGAGUACGCUCGAGGAAACGGGGGUCAUCACUGACAUGGACUUUGCGAAGUUCUUCACAGAUCAGGGGCCAGGAGAGUCUGGAUCAACGCCCAUGACGAUGCAAUCGGAUUCGCAGGCCGUUAAGGAGAUGAACCAGAUAGCCGAGAGCGUCCCCGCAGCGAAGAAGUCGAAGUCGACAGAAAUUGGGGGACCGAUCCAUCAGGCAGGAAUGAUCACCCCGGAUCAGGGUAGCGAAGGAUGGGGCAAUCGAUCCCCGGCUCCACGAUCUCCUGGGAUAGGUGGGCAGUACGAGCAUUUCGGGAUCGAUACUCCACCUGAAGGACGAGGCAGGAACGACGAGAUGAGGGCAACAUCAUCCCCACCCAGGCGGGCAAAGAUGAGAGCUCCUGCUGAUCCGGACAAAUCGUCGUUGGGAGAGAUAGAUGGCAGGAUAGAUGACUUGCAGACGGUGGUUGUGGACACGCAGACCGACGUAGCCAAGCUUAAGGAGCUGAAAGAGAUGAGUCGGAUCAUGGACGGGAGCGUCAGCGAGGAUAGGAUGGAUGAUGCAAUGGCUCCGCAACUGACCGAGGGAGCAAUGCAGCUCGCACGGAGAAUGAGACGGCAGGUCGAAAACGUGAAGGUGCUCAAGACAUCUGUUACGACUAGAUUGAAGGGAGUGGAGGAGCGAUUGUCCACAGCGGAGCAUUCAGCAGACAUAGCCAAACAGAGUACCGGGACGAAGAUCACCACGUUAGAAACAGGAUUGAAUGAGGUGAGACGUGGCAUAGGCGUAGUCUUCUCGAGUAUGCAAAUGCGACACGAGAAUGGAACAUGGAAGAACGAGAGACUGGAUAAAGUAGAGACGGUUUUGAAUAGACAGUGGGACCAGAUCAAGAUAGCGGGCGAGGAACUAAGGAAGCUGAAGUCCAAGGGGAGCCAGAAAGCCGGAACAGAUACGGCAUCGUCGUCACAUUGCAACAGCCAAGGAAAAGGUUCUGGAUGCGGAUGCAGAGAACCUGGCGAGGGUCACGGCACGUGCAUAGAUGGGGCAGUGCGGGGCGAAACCAAGAAGCUGAGUGAAGUGGUUCUGGCACAGAAGGAACACAUAAUGACCGUCGCGAGAGAGGUGAUAAAGAACCGCAAAAGCGUGGCUGAGAUUGUGGCGAACAUGACAAAGGUUCACAAGAAUUGCGAGAAUGUCGCUGCAAGGACCGAUCGGAUGGAUGAGAAGAGAAACGGAGAACAGGCCUGGGUAAAGGAUACCGUGCGAAAGAUGGAAAAGACAAUGGAAUCAAUGUCGAGCCGUAUGAUAGAUGAGCAGAAGAGAGUCACGGGCGAAUUUAUCCUUGUCAAUGCUCGAAUUGAUGAGAGCGCACGGAACGAAGGGGUAGGCAAGAUGCGAGGAAACAGCGCAGAGAUAGGAAAGCCACCGACCAUAUCACGCGGACGAGAUAGUCACGGUGGGAGUGGGGGAGCCGACGGAAGAGCCAGGAGCGACAACGCCCGAGGGAUAGAGGCUUCGAGGCCGGAGUUGGCAGGUCCUGUGAUAGAUCGAAGGAUUGAGAGUAGAUGCAUUGUGUUAGAACAGCAGGUGACCAAGAUCACUAGUCAAUUGCAGGGGUUGACCACUGUGAAUGAGCGGAUCGUGAGGGAGAACGCUAGCCUGACCAGUGAGAUAGAAAGCAUGAAGGGGGAGAACAAAGGAGUGACAGAAUCGGUAGCGCGCAUGAUCCGGGAUAAUAGAGAUGAGGUAUCUAAAAUGAGAGCGGAUCUCGAUCUUCGUAGUAGAGAAAUGAUUGAACUCAAAGAGAAGAACGAGCAGUUGGAGGCAACGGUACGAGAGUAUGAGCGGAGACUGGAGCAGGUGAAACGAAACGAUAGCAUUAAAGCAGAGCUGGAUAGCAUGUGGAAUAGAAUCGGUGAGAUCGCCAAGCAGAGCUCUGAGUACGCUAUGCCGGCGCCGGCUGCGGGAGGCGGAGGGUAUAACAAGUUCAAGGACACCAGAGGGAUGGAGAAAUGCAACGAGAUAUCGAUAGCGAAGGAGCCAUCAUCCGGGGAAGUAGGACUGUGGCUGGGCGAUGUUGCACACACUGCGAAGGCUGCGUAUCUGUAUGACGGGGACUAUGCAUACACGCAGGUAUUGAGGGUACGCGAAAGGAGCGAAGCGAUGAUAGACAUGGAACUCAAGUAUCCUGCGUUGGAGAACCAGCUUUUUAGCGGAUUAAAGAGAGCAAUAAAGUCAGAGUCAUUGUCGGCGAAGGUGAAGAUGGAGAUGUACAAGACUCAGCAAGUGGGGGAUGGAAAGCCGAUGACGGCCAUGAGAUUGCUUACGCUGAUAGUAAAGCAUGUUGAGAUCCCGAUUGCAAAAGAGAGUCAGGUGCUGUACGAUGGCCUGAGUAGCACGAAGGUGAUGAGUUUCCCGGGGAAGCCCGAAGAGGAGGCACUGGAGGAGUUCAUGACUAGAUGGGAUCUAGCGCACACGAACCUUAUAGGACUGAAAGGCAAUACCUGGAGCGAGCAACAGCUGGGAUGGAUGUUGCAUUCGAAAGUGCAGAGAGUUCAGGUGCUGAACCACGAUAUUGAGGCAUGGAGACUGCUUCCUGACGAGGCCAAGACUCAUACCUGGUUGCGAAAGAGAAUCAAGGAUAGACUGGAGAUGUGGAGAGCGGACAAGAACAUUGACGAAGCAUCAAUGCGGGUGAGUCGACAGGCAUUCACGAGUGGGUACGGGGAAAUAGCUACGGAAGAGGGAUAUCUGUGGGAAGAGGCAGGGACGGACUUUCGCAGGCGGGGAGAGCCGAUGACCCGAAGAAUAGAUAUGGCGGAAGAGGUCCUCAAGAAGGCCAGCGAGGAUAGCCAGGUAUAUGUGGCCAUGCCUGUGGUACGACAAGGGGAUGAUGGCGCCGAAGGCACGCAUAAGGGAAUACUGGUGACAACGACAGGCAGGGAGCGAGUGAAGAAGGGUAAUAGGCGAGUCAAGGGGUUGGGCUCCGAAGAGACGGGGAUAGCAGGACUGGAUAUAUGCUAUUGGAAAGGACACACAGCUGAUAAGAUGGUACGAAAAUGCAAAAAUGUACACAAGAAGGGGUAUGUACAUGAUGUGAAACGAUAUCCCGUGAUUGAAGAGGCAAAGGCAAGGCUACGAGGAAUAUCCCUAGCCGAAGAGGUCGUGCUGGACAUACUUGCCGGGGAGCAAGGCGAGGAAGGUAGGGAUGCAUCAAGACUGGCUGAUAGGAUAGUGGAGGAAUGCAGGAGAAUAGGUAUAGUCGACGAGAGAUUCCGCGUGGAUAGUCGAGAGGUUAGUCAACCGGCGGCAUCUGCACAACAUUGCUUGCCCCCGGUAAUGAGACGAUGGAUGAUAGACUCGGGGUGCGCUAUGGAUCUAAUAGCAGAAGCAGACCUCACCCAGGAUGAAAAAGAUAUGGCCAUUGAGGCGAAGAAGGUGAGGUUCAACACUGCCAACGGCAACACCACGUCAAAGCAAGAGAUAUGCAUGGAUAUACAGGGGAUGCCUGAGACGAUGAGGAUUAGAAUGCUCGAGAGUACUCCCGCUGUUCUAUCAAUGGGGAGGAGAUGUAUGAAAAUGGGAUAUUCAUUUCAUUGGCUGGCGGGUGCAAACCCCGUGUUCGUCAAGCCUGAUUCGAGCUUGAUAGUGCUAAAAGUCAUCGGGGAUAUCCCAUACAUGGUGGAUAGAAUGUCAACGGUUGUUAACGAAAGUGAGCGUAAUGACUAUCACAUCUAUCCUGCUAUGCCAGCGCCUCUUGCGAUUGAACUGCCCGUGCGAGGAAAUUCCAGUCCGAGGAGACUUGAAGAGAAACAGGAUGAAUGUAGCCCCAAAAGCGUGGACUCGGACACGGAUAGGGACACUGAGGAGGAACCGAUAGGAAAGGCCACCAACGACGACGGGAGGCUACUAGACAAGUGGAUGUUAACGGGUAAUAAAGCGGUGUGUUUCCAUAACAAACCAAGAACGAAGACUUGCGAUCCAUGGUUUGAAACACUGAAAUUCCCAGAGAUACAUGCACUUGUGCCGCGAUUCGCCGAGAGAUGUAGAUCCAAACGUGUGUACAAAGAUGGCAAAACCGUGGCGGAAUGGAUAGACUGGGUGGACAAGUACAAUGAGGGAGAGAAUAGAGACGCGGAAGAGGACUUAUGGACAGGCAAGACCAUGUUCAAGAUAGAAGGGCUCACAUUCGAAGGAGCGGAUGCAGGAGAAGCGGUGCAGAGCGAUAGCGCGAAGGUGAGAAAACAUAUCUUGAAUAGAAUGGCUGCGGAUGAAGACGCGGGGCUAGAUGACCUGACGAUGAUGCUGGACAAGAAUAUCGGUACCGGUGGGGAGGCAGAGACGCUAGUCGAGAUAGCAAGGUCGAGGAACGGACCGGAGAGGUGGGGAUACUCAUUUAUCAGUUGGGCACAGAAGCAGGAAUGCCGGGACGACGAUAUCAUCAUACUGCGCGUGUGCAUGCUUGUGGUGAUAGGAAAGGCACGUCACCGACGAUUGAGAGCCCCAACGAUGUGUCUCAUUGAGCAGCCCCAGGAUCCCGAGACGUAUUGGGAUGAUACGCCAGAAGGGGGAUACGCAUCAUUGUGGGCGACAGAAGAAUGGGAUAGGACGAGUGCCAUCCUAGGAACGAAGCUGUUCAGUUUUGAUCAGGGACCGAUGGGACACUCUAGGAAAAAGCCGACAACGAUAGCGACUGACGCAGAGUUGAUAGGAUGGGCGGUCAAUCUUAGAGGACCAGGGACUGGAGCGACGAAUGAUAGCAGUGAUAGAAGCAAGGGCGAGAUGAGCGAAUCGCAGAAUUGGGCGGAGUGGGCACCGGGAUUAGUGCGAGCCAUUAAGGAGACUAUGCGUAAGCACCACCGAGUAUCAUCAGUGGCCGAAAAGGGGAUAGACGAGAGGGAUAGGGAGACAACGAUAGAACAAGAUGAUAGUGAUGGUCGACUGAGAACGACGUUCUACUGCGCCGCGUGUAAGGCUGAUUCAUCCGGGGUAUGCGGGUUUUGUGAAAGAGCUUUAAGUCCUGAGCAGAUUGACGCGGGACAAAGCGCACGCAAUAUGACGGAUGCGGAGUUUCAGCUCGUCCGCGGAAUGAAGAAGAAUACGGAUGAUGACCUAAGGAUCGCGGAGCAAGUCGUCGCUGUACCCGGCGAAGAAGAAGGCACCGAAAACGAAGGCGAAUUGGAUGUUGAUAUAGAUUUGCCCGGAAUAGCCGACGAAGAACAGGCCAGAAGAGGAGUGGGAGAGCCUCAGAAGGAUGAUAGCGCCGGUGGCAUGGGAGAGGUGGAACAAACAGAGGCAGAAGUCGGACCUGCAGAUCAAGUUCGAGUUGCGGAUAGACUUGGCGAAGGGAUAGGGUCGAGCAAAGCUGUGAGCAUUCGGAGAGCAAGAUACUCACCGGAGUAUGCAAAAUCGGCGGAACAUUUGCUCACGCAUCUCCCAAAGAACAUGCACUGCGUUGCCUGUCGACAAGGCAAAGCAAUAAACGUUCCCUUCAACAGGGGCGAAGGCAUCACCGACAAGGGUGCCGAGAAGUUCGGGGAGAGGGUCACUGCUGACACGAUAGUUCUUCGCAGCCACAAAGACAAGGGAAUCCGCGGAGAAAAUAAUGCAAUCGUGAUGUUCGACUUCAAGACACAAUGGAUACACUGCACGCCCGUAAAGUCCAGGGGAACGGAUGAGUUUGUGCGAGCUAUCAAUGAGUUCCGAGGCCCAGAUAUGGUAGUGCAUUUAUACGCAGACGGAGCCGGUGAAUUCUCAAAAGCCUGCGACGUCAUAGGAACUUGCAGGGCGACUUCUACACCCGGAUUACCCCGAACGAAUAGCAUAGCGGAGCUCAAGGUCAAAGAAGUAAUCUACGGUGGCAGAGUAUUGCUGAGACAAGCAGGACUAGAACCGAAGUGGUGGCCGUACGCUGUGCAGACGUUCUGCUUCCAUAGGAACGUACAACAAGUGGACGGGGUAAGCCCGUACGGGAAAAGACAUGGCAACGAGCAAGACAAAGUGAAACUGAUUCCUUUCGGGGCACUUGUUAACUACCUCCCCAUUGCCGAAAAGCCUAGAAAAGCUGGCAAAGAGGACGCGGCCCUGCUCGAACGGGGGGAUCCUGAAAAUGACGCUCUUGAGAUUCUCGGAGCUGAUGAAGAUGUUUCGAGCAUGGCCUUGCCCUCUGAAACGAAGGAAACCAAAGAACAACGCUCGCAAAGGGAGGAAGAGCUGAGAGAGAUCGAUAGACGUGCGCUCGAUAUGGUCAUGACGCAGGACUUUGAUGUGCAGCAUGCAAAGGACAUCAUCCUGAAGUUCACUUCGAUAGAGAAAGGAAUAGCAAAGAAUUCGCGGAGCAUGGCCACCGGUAGAGGGUUCAUAGUCCUGGGGCUGUAUGCGUACGGAGGAAAGGUUGGCAUUACGAAUAGUGCCAAAGAAUAUCCGGGGAUAGCCAUGGUGUGCUGCGAGCUGAUAGCAAAAUGUUUCCCAGAAGCUACUUUUACAACGGUGAUUGUGUCUGUCGGAACCAGGAUGGGGCCUCACAAGGACAAGUUUAACGAGAGCCAGACGUACAACUUUGUUGUGCCGGUAAGCGAGAGGGCGGGUGAAGCUAUGAUCUGGACAGAAGAGGAACAGUGUGAGAAUGAGAGUGGCGACGCCGCCGGGAUAAAGAAAGAGGUGCUUCCGGGAAAAUGGAUAUGGGGAAGGACUCGGAAGGUUGAUAGUGGGCUAAAGUUCAAUCCAAGAGUUUGGCAUGCUACCGAAGAUGCCUUGGCGCCGGAGGAUAGAGUGAUAGCGGUGGGAUAUACCCUGGCAGCGGGUAAAAAGGCAUCUGUGGAAGACAAGUGGAAGUUGAUGAGGCUGGGCUUCAGAUUGGAUGAGCACUUUGCGACAUUAGCGGAUGGCUUAUGCCAGGCGGCGUGUGCAGACAACGGUGGGGAUGGGGAAGAAUAUGUAGAUCACGACGCCGAGGAAGAGCAAGCGUAUGCCAUGGCAUCCAAGGCAAAGUUCGACACUCCGACAUCACCCGGAUUGUUCCUAGGUUACGCGCUCCAACCAGGGGGUGUUCCGAGCGGAGACUAUAUAGUGGUUGAGCUGGCGCACCUGUAUCACGGAUGGACGGUACCGUCGAUACACCGCGUGAAGAGGAUAGUACUUGACGAGGAGAUGCCCAACUACUUCCCGAUGCAAGCUGUGGCUGAUAGGAAGUCGAGAAUCAUGACAGCGACUCGAGCUGAUGCCCUGGCCAGAUUGGAACUGGAGAGAGAGGGGCAGCAAGGAGAGGAGACGGAGGAAAUCUUCGCAGAGGAGAGAAGGGUACGAGCCGAUGUGAUGAGACAAAUUAAGUGCGACGAUAAGCAUCUUCAAAACGGGGAUUUCUGGGAACAUGAUGAGAUAGACCAUUCGUGGACGCUUCAUCACAUCUUACCCCGAAAGGAGCUGUGUACCCCAGGCGAGGAGGUCAAAGGUACAGGUGGCCCCGGGGAUAGAGAGCUGGGUCCAAGGAGGCGAACGUGGAUAGUGUACGCCGAUGGUACAUCGGAGGUACUGGAUGAGGAUAGAAUGAAGGGCAAGAAGAAGAUCACCAAGAAAUGGACGGGGUGCACUACGUUCUGGGAAAAGGGGGAGCCUGAGGGAGAGAUAGAGGAUGAAGCCAAGGAGCGGGCGCGGGGAGAGAAGGCGACGGGUAUACGGGGGGUGGGUUUAGACUACGAACAGGACAUGCCCAGGAUAGAACGGCCGUACGCGAGAUCUCACAAACCCAACUCCAUUUCGUCAGCAGAGUGGAAUAGGAUGAGUCCGGGACAGCGACUGCGCUAUAUAGAGGGAGACAAAGAGAGGAUCAUCAGAGGAGAGAGGCCUCCCUCUGCCGCUCGAGGGCAAGAGGGAAUAGGACCGCGUCCCGCAGAAAUUGGAGUUCGUGAAUGGAUGGAGAAAAUCACCGACCAUGGACAGGACUUCUCACCGCAGGAAUACCGAUGGGAUUCUCCAUCGGGAAUGCCUGAGGGUGGCCGAGUGUGGGCAGUAAGAAACAAUCGCGCCACAUCCUACCGAUUCUAUGGCGGAAGGGACAAAAGACGGCUCGAGCUCUGGUGGAGGGUCACUCGGAGCGCCAAUACUGGGGAGGUCUUAGAAUCCAUUGAAUAUGACUCAUGCAUACAGGCGGAGAUGAUGCGCAAUAGAGGGAGAUACCGAUUCGUUGUGCCCAGGGACAUCAUCACGGAGUUCUGGUACAUCCCCGACGGAGGAGAAGACCGACGAAUCAGGGAUAGAGGAGGACCAGCAGAACCUGCCGCACCGGCAUCCAGGAUGGGAGAUACUGAGGAGGUUGCGAAAACCAUCAAUCAAUUGUACAGCACAGCUGGAAUAGCGCGAACGCCGUCCGACAACAUCAUUGGGGAAAUAAUGAGGGAGUUGGGCGAACAGCCUAAAGUGCAGGUCAUGGGGGUCGGAAUAGAAGAAAUAGGGGACAACGGAGGUGAGAACGUGUCUUGGAUAUCGGGGGAAGGAUGUGUGAUAGGAGAGGAUGUGACGGAUGUGGUCAUCGCUAUCGAUGCGUCUAGCGAAGGCAUGAGUAUAGAAGUUGAUCGAAAGACAUCCGGUUGGAGACGUGAGGAAGGUCUAGAUAGUACGCGAGAGGCUCGAGAUAGAGUGUUUGGUAAUAUAGAAAAGGUUAUCACCGACGCCAACAGCAGAGGAAUAGUGGCUACGACCAUCUGGAUAGGCGGCAAAAGUCGAUUGGCCGACGAGACCAUUGUUCGAAUGGCGCUUGCCUGGGACAUGUGGAUAGUACGGAGUGAUGGAUGCAUGCUGGGUAUGAAUGACGGGGUGGACGCGUCGUGUUACAUAGGAAUGAUCACUCCAUGUAUGAUGAACGCGAUCGCGGCGGACAUGCUAGCAUGCGAUCAUAUGCCAAGGGAUCAUGAGUUAAUGUCGCACAUGGUGAGGACAUCGGACACGAAAAUGGACGUGCAACGAGAGCAGGAGCGUAAGGCGAUACGCGAAAUGAUAAAGGUGAUAGAGGACGUGGUAAGCAUCUGCGGCGAGGAAGAGGGUGAUUCGGUGUCGAUGGCAUGUGAAGAACACGAGGGAGAAUAUCUCGGAUAUAGUAGUGGUAUGGUGACACUGGACGUGGACUCCUUGGCACAGCUGGAAAAGGGAACGAUUAGAGGAAACUCGUAUUGGGUGAUAGACAUGGAGGGAGACGACGAGCACGUCGACGAUGCUACGGAUCGAGAAGAUCAGACGCUGGUAAGGAACUAUGCUGCUGCGGCUGCCGAGGAUGGGGCACCGUACAUCAGUCGUGAGGAGCCCAGAUGGAAAAGAUGCAUAGUUAUGAAUAAUCCAGGCCGAGAGGCAAUGGGGGAGGUCUUCGGACCCCGGGCGAAACACAUACAGGACCUGCGCGUGAUCCUGGUCGACGGCGACGACAUAGGCAAGGUUAAGAUGAUGAAGCCAAACAGUCGCCGCACCAGACAUAGCACCGGAGGGGCCGCGGUAGCUUACCCUGGAGAAGAGCUCGAGGUGGGAGACAUGAACUGCAACGGAUGGAUAGUAGUGCUGGCCGGGGAGAGGGAGAGCAGCGACACAGAUCGACGCCACGACCAAGAUAGAGAGGAAAGCUCCGGGUUCGACGACCAGAGUGAUGUGUUUGAUUCAGAAGGGUGGACGCUGUCGGACUUGGAAGAGGAACGGGAACCUGUGGAUGAGGCAUUCUUCAGGGCCGGGCACGCUGAAACCAUCAACCUCGAGACUAUGGAAAAGGGCGAAUGCGACAUAGUCAUGUGGGAGGCAGAGAGGAAUGCACUGGUCCUCGAACUAAAGGACGACAUCCAUGUUCCGUUGAUAGGAUACACCUGGGUUCGUACUGGGAUAGCAUAUCCGGAAGAUCCUGGCACAAGUGUGAGAGUGUCUGCGCUUGGACAACUUGUGGCGGAAACUAUGUGCGACGUCAUAGGAUACGAGGACGAGGAGUAUGGAGAUGGAAUAGUCGCAGUCCCUGCUAUACAGGUGGAUGCAGAUCAAGAGGAUAGCUGGGAAGAGGUUGCGGAAAAUGAAGUGUGUGAUAGCAUCGACGAGACAGUAGGAGAACUUGAGCCACUGAUGGCCACAAUCAUAGAGGACGAAGAGGAAGACAUCGAGGAAGUGUUCGGACUUGUCGCUAGACCCGUGACGAAAGCUGAGAGGGCGAUCAACCCCAAGGCUCGGGCCGCGCUUGAUAAGGAAUGGAAAAAGCUGAUGGAUCAAGUGGUCUGGAUAAUGGAGGAGGAGCUGAAGCUGAUGCUGGUGAUCUACGUCGACGACUUCAAGCUUGCGGGGCCCAAAGAGAACUUAGCGAUAGGAUGGGAGAAGCUGGCGAAGAGAAUCAAGCUCGAAGAGCCACGAAGUAUGGGCAGGUACUUGGGAUGCUUGCACACGGCUAGCACGAUACCUUUUCGGUCGCCGUUUGAGCCGAGACACGAGUGGACGAAGAUCAUCGAGCCCAAGAAGGAACCGCCUAACUUCGUGGGGAAGGCUGAGGCGAAGGAAGAUAGUCCAGAUGAAAUCAGGAUUCUUCGAUACGAUGUUACCGAUUUCAUGAAGCAGUGUGUGGAUAGAUAUCAAGAGUUGUGCUCGACGGCAUAUCCUAAGCCACUGGAUAAAGCUAAGACCCCAUAUCUCGACGAGAGCCGCCCAGAGUUCGACGAGAACCCAGUAGACGACAAGGUGAACGAAAUUAUGGGGAUAGCCAAGUACGAGCUGCCGGAUGAGGGGCCGGGAGUGUUGAAAGAGCACGCCCCUGCGGUGCUCAUGAAGAUCUUGUAUGGGGCCAGAGUCGGAAGGUAUGACCUUCUGCGACCAGUACAGGUUCUGGCGUCGAGGCUGACGACCUGGACACAUCUCUGUGACAAGAGAAUGCAUAGACUGAUCUCAUACAUCAACGAGACGACCACAACGAGCCUCUACGGAUGGGUCGGGGAUAGGAUAGGAGACAUCCGUCUUGUGCUAUACUGUGACGCCGAUCUUGCCAGCGACAAGAACGACCAUAGAGAGAGAACAGGCUAG